AUGAUUGCAGGCCCGUCAGGUAUGGAUCUCUGGCAGCUGCUGUUGACCUUGGCACUGGCAGGCUCAAGCGAUGCUUUUUCUGGAACUGAGGCCACACCAGCUAUCCUUGACGGAGCAACCCCGAGUCUGCAAAUAUUUGAUUCAGACCUAGAGACAAAUUCUUCUGGGGAGUCUACAUUCACCAAGUGCCGUUCCCCUGAACUAGAGACAUUUUCAUGCCACUGGACCAAUGAGAUUCAUCACAAUUUAAGGAACCCAGGAGUUGUGCAAUUGUUCUAUAUUAAUAGGAGAACUCAGAAAUGGACUCAUGAAUGGAAAGAAUGCCCAGAUUAUGUCUCUGCUGGAGAAAACAGCUGUUACUUUAAUUCAUCUUAUACUUCCGUUUGGACACCCUACUGUAUCAAGCUAAUUAACAAUGGUAGUACGGUGGAUCAAAAAUGUUUCUCUAUUGAUGAAAUAGUGCAGCCAGACCCACCGCUUGGCCUUAACUGGACUUUGCUGAACAUCAGUUUGACGGGAAUUCAUGCUGAUAUCCAAGUGAGAUGGGAACCUCCAGCCAGUGCAGAUAUUCGUAAGGGAUGGAUAAUCUUAGAGUAUGAACUUCAAUACAAAGAAGUAAAUGAGACCCAGUGGAAAAUGAUGGACCCUAUAUUAGCAACAUCAGUUCCGGUGUACUCAUUGAAGCUGGAUAAGGAGUACGAAGUGCGAGUGAGAUCCAAGCAACAUAGCCAUGAAAGAUACAGCGAGUUCAGUGAGGUGCUCUAUGUAACACUUCCUCAUAUGAGCCCAUUUGCAUGUGAAGAAGAUGUCCGUUUUCCAUGGUUGUUAACAACUAUCUUUGGAAUAUUUGGGCUAGCGGUGAUGCUCUUUGUAUUCAUAUUUUCUGAACAACAAAGGAUUAAGAUGCUGGUUCUGCCCCCAGUUCCAGUUCCAAAAAUUAAAGGAAUUGAUUCAGACCUUCUCAAGGAAGGAAAACUAGAAGAAGUAAACACAAUCCUAGCCAUCCAUGACAACUAUAAACCUGCAUUCUACAAUGAUGACUCUUGGGUUGAAUUUAUUGAGCUAGACAUUGAUGACCCUGGUGAAAAGACUGGGGGAUCAGACACAGACAGACUUCUAAGCAUUGACUCUCAAAAAUCACUUCCUAUCCUUGGGGCGAAGGAUGAUGAUUCUGGACGUACCAGCUGUUAUGAACCUGACAUUCUGGAGUCUGAUUUCAAUGCCAGUGACACAUGUGAUGGUACCUUAGGGGUGGCUCAGCCACAGAGGUUAAAAGGGGAAGCAGAUCUCUUGUGCCUUGACCAGAAUCACAAUAGCUCGCUGCCUGUUGAUGCAGGUCAACAGCCCAACCUCACCCUAGCAGAGGAAAUUAAACCAAGACCACUUCUUAUUGAUGGUACUGAGUUGGCUCAUCAAGGUCAGCUCAGCAAUCUAAAUUCACUGGCAAACAUCGACUUUUAUACCCAAGUAAGUGACAUUACACCAGCAGGGAGCGUGGUCCUUUCCCCAGGCCAGAAACUUAAAGCAGGGAUAUCCCCGUGUGACAUGCACCCAGAAGUUGUUUCGCCCUGCCAAGCCAAAUUCAUCAUGGACAAUGCCUACUUCUGUGAGACAGAUGCCAAAAAGUGUAUCACCGUGGCCCCUCACAUCCAGGUUGUACCACGUCUGGAGCCGAGCUUUAACCAGGAGGACAGUUACAUCACCACAGAAAGCCUUACCACUACUGCUAUGAGGUCUGGGCCAGAAAGAGUGUCCAGUUCUGAGAUGCCUGUCCCAGACUAUACCUCCAUCCAUAUAGUACAAUCACCACAGGGCCUCAUCCUCAAUGCAACUGCCUUGCCCUUGCCUGACAAAGAGUUCCUCACAUCGUGCGGCUAUGUGAGCACAGACCAACUGAAUAAAGUCAUGCCAUAG